GGCGGGGGCGGGGGCCGCGCUGCCGUUAUUGCCGUUGGCGCCGCCGCCCUCGCCCAGCUGCCGCCGUCAUGUGGAGAGCGGCGGCCGCCGCCGCGGCUCCGGCGCGGGCCCUGUGCCGGGCCCCGCUGCCGCCCGCCCCGCAGCCGCGGCGCCGGGCGGUCAGCGUGGCCGUGUCCCCCGCCGCCGGCCUGGCGGACGAGCGGGUGGAGACGCGGGUAGCGGGGCUGAGUCCGGGGCAGCCGGUGACCCUGCGGGCGGUGGCAGCUGAUGAGCGCGGCUGCCUCUUCCAGUCGUGCGCGCACUACCGGGCGGACAGCCGCGGCGAGCUGCACCUGGGCACGGAUGCCUCGCACGGCGGGAGCUACACCGGCGUGGAGCCCAUGGGGCUCUUCUGGAGCCUCGCCCCCGCCGGCAUGGAGAGGCCGUACCAGCGGCUCCUUCCCCGCAGCACCGACGUCCCGACCAAGGUGGAGGUGUUUGUCCACGAGAGCCACAGCCUGCCCGACGCCCUGCCCGGGCCGCUGGUGGCCAAGGCCAAGGUGGAGAGGUGGUUCACGGCCCCCGGCGUGCGGAGGAUCCGGCUGAAGGAGGGACGCGUAAGGGGCUCUCUCUUCCUGCCGGCGGGUGAUGGCCCCUUUCCAGGAGUGAUUGACAUGUAUGGUGAUGAAGGAGGUUUGAUUGAAUUUAGAUCCAGUCUCCUGGCUACCCGUGGUUUUGCAGCUCUUUCUCUGCCGUAUUUUGACUUUGAAGAUCUGCCUAAGGUCUUGAAAGAACUCAAACUGGAGUACUUUGAGGACGCAGCUAGAUUCCUACAGCGUCACCCAAAGGCAAAACCAACAACUAUCAGAGAAGCUCUAGCCAGAUGGGAAGAAAAAAAUGGCCAGAAGGCUUCAGAGGCAAAGGAAGUGAAACUAUAUGGUCAGAUUCCUCCUGUAGAGAGGAUGGAUGAAGCUCUCUCCACGCUUGUUAACUGCGAGAAACUGUCGCUCUCUACAAACUGCAUCGAAAGAAUCGCCAACUUGGGCAACCUAAAAAAUUUGAGGAUUCUGUCUUUGGGAAGAAAUAACAUAAAGAACUUGAACGGAUUGGAGGCAGUUGCAGAGACUUUAGAGGAGCUGUGGAUCUCAUACAACUUCAUUGAGAAACUGAGGGGUAUCCGUGUAAUGAAGAAGCUGAAGGUUCUUUAUAUGUCAAAUAAUUUGGUGAAAGACUGGGCAGAGUUUGUGAGACUGGCAGAGCUGCCAUUGCUAGAGGAUCUGGUGUUUGUAGGCAAUCCACUACAAGAGAAAUAUGCCUCUGAUCAGAAGAACAGUUGGAUUGAAGAAGCAACCAAACGGGUACCCAAACUGAAAAAGCUGGAUGGUACCCACGUUAUUAAAGAAGAAGAAGAAGAAGAAGAAGGAGCAAACUGAUGUCACACUCUUGUUUGGUAUUUAAUUAUUUAAGUAACUCCAGAUAGCUUGGCACAUAGAACUUUUAUAUAAUAUUUGUUUUGAAGAAAAUCUUUGAGCAAUUUUUAAAAGACCAGCUUAUCUCCACAGUCUGUCACCGAAAGAGUUCCCAAAAUUUGGGCACACCAACUUUGUCAAGCUUAUGACACCUUCAGUAGAGACCAGUGGAGCUGAAUUUAUCUGCUGUUUGGCUAGCAAGAGAUCUUUACCUAAACUAAUACAUAGUCAUUUUUAAUACCUGAUUAGUAGUGCUUGUUAUUCACUCUUGGGUUAUAAUAGAACCACUUUAUCUCAUUAAGUGCUGUUGGCAAACAAUAUAAUUGGAAACACUGGGGCCAAAAGAACAAAAAUUCUGGUUUAGAGACAUGUUACGGGCUUUGUUGUGUUUAAUUUUGUCACAGCAAUCCCUCAGUAUUUGAAAUAAGCAAGUUUGCCUUUUCAUUCCCUUACCGGUUACGCCAAACGGGCCCAGUAGUGGACCUACACACAAAAAAGGUCUGAUUCUUGCUUGUUACUGGCCUUAAGUUUUGAAGUGGUGAAGUGGGCUUCUCACACUGGAACUCAGCUGUAUUGCUCAGAAUGCCAUGGAUAGCAUAUCUUUAUUUAUUUUAAAGAGGCUACAGGAAUUCUUUGCAUGGUUUAAGUGAGACUAAAAUAUCUGCUGGCUUUUUUUGUCUCUUACUAAGGAUUUUUUUUUUUUUUUUUUGUAAUACGUGGCCUACAGCUGAUUCCUAGUUUUGGCUUGUGUGCCUGGUGGCUAUAAUCCUUUUCAGCUCUGGAAUUUUCCUAUAACUAAGUAAGCUGAUACUAAUAGGGAAACAAACAGUGAAAAAAAGACCUGGGGUUUGAGGACGGAAAAUUUUGUUUUUGAGAAUACUCAUUUUUUAAUGAAAGCACAGAUGAAAGCAGUGAGAGAAAGUGUAUGUAGUUAGUGGGAAGGUGAGCUGAGAUGCAAAGGGGGCACUGGAAAAACAAAAAGGAUUGAAGACAUACUAAAUGUGCUGUAUUGCAGGGUAACCAGUUUUAGUAAACUCCCUUGUAUGAUAGGUAACUACUUUUAGUGAAAGCAUCGAACAAUGAUGAAAAUAUACCCAAUUACUCUGUUGGAUGCCAAUAACAGGGUUUUUUUCUUCAAUUUAAAGAAGACAUCAUGUCACUGAGAAGAUUUUUCUGCAGCUUGUUUUUGUUGGGGUUUUUCAAAGCUUUUCUUCUAAUUUGUGUUACCAUCCUUGUUUAAAUUAAAAUAGCAACAAGUGUACCUGCUGUCUCCAGACCAGACAUAAAAGGGAUGGAGGCAGAAUGCCACUCUCCACUAUUUUGAUUGUGCAGGUGUGGCAGGAGUAGAAAUCUUGGAAGUCAUGGUCAGAGAAAAAAAGGUAGAAUUGGCCCAGACAUUAGUGGUAUUGAUCUCAACUCCAGGUAUAAUUGUAGUAGAAGAUAAUUCUUAAAUCCAUUUCUAGAUGAGCAGUGUGAAGUGGAAGAUUACAAGACAAUCACAGGUUAGUUUCAAUAUAUUGCUAGUUCUUCUAUGAUGGUUGGAAGAAUUAUUGAGCAUUCCAACUUAAAUUGGCAAUUGGUGAUAAGGCUUGAGUUUUAUUAGAUUCAUUACUUAAAAUAAGGUCAAGAGAGCAAUGGCAAAUACUGUGGACAAUCUUUACCUAGCACAAACUGUUUCCAGGCAGCUGCUCUCUUGACCAGAAAGCAUUUUCUCAGUUAAUGAGCUCACUGGAUUUAUCUCACAGACAGCUUUAUAUUUGUAUGUCAUUUAUUUUAGAAUUCUUCUCCUAGGUUUAUCGUUAGUAAAGGCACCACUGACCAAGUAGCAUGAUGGGAGAGUCAAUAUCAUACUGGCUGCUUCUACAACGAAGCCAUUCAGUUCAAUUGCAGCAGCCACUUCCAGCAGAGUGGCUGUGCUUGGGCAGUACACAGCCUGUGGCACACGCAGCCCCUGCCACCCCAUCUGCUCCGCUGGGGCAACAGGGGAUCGGCUUGUGCCAUUGACAACUGUAAUUUAAGUGUUUAACAUGAGCCAGAGCGUGAGUGGGGCAAAACUAGAGUUCUGAAUACUACCAACAAACAGAAAUGCCAAAUUCACCUAUGUGUUUGGAGAAGUUUUCAGAAUAGACCAUGUAGUGCUCUUGUCACAGCACCUGGCCACACGUUUCAACCUCUGUAGCUGGUCUCUCCUUGCACAAGGUCUGCAAGGACGGAAUGCAUGGCUACGUUAGCGCCUCAAACAUGACGGGAGAGCGACCGGGUGCGCUGCCCGGUGCCAGGCAGCCCUUGUCCUUGUCUUUGUGAAAAUAUCUAAAUAUGGGCUAAGGCUGUACAUUUCUGAAGCUCAUGUUAGAUAUGGGCUAUUUUGGGACAUUCUGAGAGCAGAAUAGAAACUUUAGUGUUCUGAGUAUGUGGUGAUGACCAGAAUGAAACACAGCUCCAUUGACAAGAUGUGAGGGCUAAGAGCAGCCCCUGUUUCUUGUGAACAGCAGAGGCUGUAGGUAUGGGAGUCAGUCCAAGAGCUAUUGCAGCUUUGGCAGUAGAGCUGUGAUUGUUGGCCCACUGGCAUCAGCUCUUCUCAAAGAGUAACGAGCCAAAUCUCUUUUUUGGGGGGGGCCUGUAUUAUAGUUACCACCAAAAAAAGAACCAAAAAUCAUUACUGAGGAAUGAGGAAGUCAGUGUCAGCACAAUUAGAACAGCAGUAAGGAACACUUACAAGAUUUCCCUUCAUGCCAUGAUAAAUUUGCAUAUAAUUAAAACCACUUCUGAUUUUAAACUAUGUCAAUCUCAAUGAAACAAUACAGUAAGAAAAUAAUAAACUGUGGCUAUUUGUUAAGAGAUACUGCAGCACAAAGUUGUGUGGAAGGUUCACCUUCAUGUUGUUGUGCCUGAUUAAGCAUUACUGCUUUCCAGAACCAUUCAACACCCCCUCCAAACUUUUUAUCCUCCAAAAUGAGUAAAGAUUUCCUAAAUUUUAAAAUUUGCACUUUAACAUUAUGCACUGGAUGUGGUGGAAGACAUACCUAGGUGGUAGAAUUACAGCAGCUGAUUUGCAUAUUGAUGGUGCUAACCCCCAUCAUGUAUAAGCCAACAGUGAAGCUCAGCCUGCAGGCCCACAGGGAGCAGCUGAGUAAAUGGUAUCAGGCUUGUCCUUCUAUAUUACUUUUUGCUCUUCCCUGUCUCACCACAUCCAGUCAUGUAGUAAGCACAUUAUUGUUCAUGGAUGAAAAGAACACCCAUGUAGAACUUGCAAGCCAUUUGGAAGUCUGCUUCCCCCAGUGAAAUUAUGGAAGAUGAGCAUCCACUUCAUUCCUUAGCAAAAUACGCUAUGAUUAAAUUAGUGAGAGGAAAUAGCUAGGAUUUUGUGCUUGCUUGUUAGCACAUGGACCUCUCUCUUCAAAGAGCUGAUGUGUGCAGUGAUAAUAUUGAGGACUGCUGGGAAAAUGUGAGGGGAGCCCUGAGAACCAGCAGAUUAUUCAGUUUACAGUAGAAGCAGACUCAUCUGAAACAAUCUUCAAGCAAGAGAGCACUUUUAACAUCCCCUUUGGCUAUCUUUUGUAUACAGUAAUUUUGUAGCAUGACCAAACUGUUAAACUUAUUGUGUUUAAAUUAUUUAGGCCUAUGUUUAUGAAUGUUCUUCUGUGAAACUUGUUUAAAAAUAAUAUGUUAUUUUAUACAAACAUCUUUGGCUGUUGUGUAAUUGAAUAGUUCAGCUUGUGGAGAGUGUUCAGAAAUUAAAUUUUGUUCUCAUUAAACUUUCCUAGCUGCUCAGGAAGCAAUGUGUUUAUGGUAUGUAAA